UCUCUGCAGAUUUUGUUUGUUACCACUGAGGCUAGAAAGUAGAAGGAUUUUCCCAAAUGACAGCACAUGGUAGAGUCACCCUAAAAGUGAAGUGAUUGAUUAGUGGAAUAGUGGGUAACGGGUGAAGGUACUAAGAAGAAAAUAUCUAAGUGGUGGAAUCUAUACGGAGGACAAAAACAGGAAAGGGAAAAUAAUGUACCAACUGCCAAAAGUUUCUGCUGGAUAUUGGAGAUAAUUGAAGGAAAUGGGAGGUUGCUGCUGCUGUUCUUCCAGAAGAUCUCAACUUAAUGCAACACCAGUAUAUUACUAUUGCCCACGAACAUCAGAGGAGCGUGAGCCCUUAUCAGCACACCAUGGUGCAGCCUCUACACUCUCUUCUGGGCUCCUCGUCCAUACAAAUCUGGAAACAUCAACACCUGACACUUACCGAGCACCACCUGCACCCCUACCAUAUGAUAUGGAUUUAGGGCGUCCACAAACUCCACCAGUCAUUCAAGGAAGUAGUGCUGACAAGAUUGACAAUGUGCCGCAGACAACAGAUACCGAGGCCGUUGCAGAAACAAUCAGUGGCAGGGGUUUUGAAACAUCAGCUAUGUGUGAAAGUCUGAAAGAAUCAGGCUGCAAGAUAGAGAAAAAUUCUGCACUUGACUCUGCAAAGGAGUCUGAAGUUGAACGUUCAAAGUUGAAUGAACCUAUUGUUUUAGCAGUUGAGGAGGAGGAUGUUUGCCCCACCUGUCUUGAAGAGUAUGAUGAGGAGAACCCAAGAAUUAUCACGAAAUGUGAACAUCAUUUUCACCUUGCCUGCAUUCUUGAAUGGAUGGAAAGAAGUGACACCUGCCCUGUAUGCGAUCAGGAAAUGGUAUUCAACCAUUCAUGAACAAGUAGCAAUCUUAGACUUGCUAGAAGGGGUUUGGAGACAUGGGAUUACUUGAUUAGUCAUCAUCAGAGUCAGAUUCAACUGUAGUUGUCAUGUUGUUUUGAAGGUCUUGCGUUUUUGAAAUUUCCAAAGUAUUUUUGUGGGUCACACAUUGGAGUUGCAAAAGAUGGAGAUCAACGUGCAAGACAUCAAAAUAAUCUGUUUCUCCCAGUGCCUUCUCCAUUUUAUCAAACCUUGAUUGUUAGUGCUCAGAUGCAGUUAGCAGUUCAGAAGCAGAAGAAUGAUUGAAGCUGCAUGCCAAACUAGAUGCGUCUCCCCUUAUUUUCUUUCUAUUUUUUUCCCUGUAGAAAGUGGUAAAUUCUGCAUUUUUAUAUUGUUUUCUAGUCCGGGAGUUCAUCUUCUUUCUUUUCUGUACAGCUUAUCCUUCAAUUUUCAGAUACAGAUGAACAUGGUUGGUUGUUAUUUGCAGGAGUU